UGCGUCUGCACCGGAAGGAGGUAACAGAGGGCCGCUGAAGGGCAGGGCCCGGGCACCCCAGCGGGACGCGGACUCAGGACAGGCUGCGGGCAAGCCCAGCUUACCUCGACCCGCGAAGCUCCUCGGUGGCCGGAAAUGAACCGAUCCGCGAAUCCGGAAGCCGCCUCCUCUACCAGUCACGUGAAGUUUGAUCUGGGGAAGUCCGUAGACAUCAGCUCUACUGACACUAAGGAUGGCGGCACUGCAAGGUCCCCAUUGGAGCCGGCGGACAAGUCGGACACGACAGAGUCGAAAUCUGAGUCGGGAUCGGAUUCCAGAUCAGAGGAAGACAAGGAGAGUCCGGCCUCGAUUAAGGAGAUAAAGGCGGAGACACCCCAACCGAAGGACCGCCCUGGCGUGCAGAUUAAGCUCUCAUGGUCACAGAAGAUAAAGAGCUGGACAGCAAAAAAGAAAAGAAAACUGUACCAGCUCGUCAUAGACAUCAUCAUGAUGAACCGAGUGUGUAAGAUGUUCCGUCAAGGCCUCAGGGGAUUUCGGGAAUAUCAGAUCAUUGAGCCUGUUCACAAGAAGCAUCCUGACUUCUCCUUCUGGGAUAAAAAGAAGCAAGGCCGUAUCUCGUUUGUUACCGAGGACUUUGCUGCACAGGAGGGUCACUUCCCUCCGAGGGCCAUUUCUAUCACACAGAAGAAGCCAUCCUGGAGGACCCACCAGGAGAUCCAAGACCUCUGCAAUAUUCUUCAGGCUCUAGAUUGCUACCGCAGCUACACAGAGUCUCUACAGCUGCUCCUGGCCAAGGUCAUACGCUUUGAAAGGUUCGGUCGCCGGCGCGUCAUCGUCAAGAAGGGGCAGAUGGGCAAUAGCUUUUAUUUCAUCUACCUGGGCACAGUGGCCAUAACUGAGGACGAGGAUGGGAGCAGUGCUUUCCUGGACCCUCACCCAACACUGCUGCACAGGGGUGGCUCCUUCGGGGAAAUGGGCCUUCUAAGCACCACAGUAAGGAGUGCCACGGUGGUCUGCAUGGAGGAGACAGAGUUCCUGGUGGUCGACAGAGAGGAUUUCGUUGCAAAUAAGCUGGGUGACGAAGUUCAGAAGGAAACUCAGUAUCGGUACAACUUUUUUAGGAACUUGGACAUAUUCCAGUCUUGGUCUGAAGAGAAGCUCUGGAAGCUGGUGGCCUUGGGGAGGAUAGAGAGGUUCUCAUACGGACAGAUGGUGUCUAAAGACUUUAUGAAUUCGGCAUUCAUCACAUUUAUCUGCCAGGGACUGGGAGGACUGCUGCAAGGCUGGAGGCUUUGAAGGAACUUCCUGAAGGAGCCGAGAGGAAGAUGAGACCCGUAGAUCCAAGGUAUACACAGGACUGACAUGCUCUGGAAUUGGCUUGUGUGGGCAUCCCCAGCUGAGUGUUACAUAUCAGCCAUUUUAUGAGUUGGUAACACAAUACUUUUUUUUGUUGUUUAACUUAUAACUUUGUUGAUAAUAAUCACAUGUAAAGAUAUUUUAGAACACUCAUAUAGGAGACACGGGAUAACAAUGGGAGCUCUUUGGGAUUCAUGUAACUCCUGCAGGCAACUCUAGAGGCUUUCUCAGUCAAGAGCAGAGGCCCAAAACUGGCCAGAUUCAUUUUGUGGAACCAACCGCACGCCGUGCACUGACUUCCUGUCCGAGCCUUGAGUUUACUGUGGAAGAUAGUGACAGAGAGCCUCAGUAUGCUGCAGUGCCACAACAUGAAACCAACCCAUUUGUCGUCCUCAAGCAGACAGUGUCACCGCAGGAUAGGGGACCAAGUGCGGUUGCUUGCCUCUGGGAGGAGUGCUCCCUGAGCCUGCCUUUGGAGCAGGAAAAGACAUAAAAGCUCAUCUCAAUGGGGACUAGAAAAUCAGGAUGAGGGAGGGUGAGACCCCCAGGAGCUCACUGUAAAUUGGAAGUAUAACUGGAUCGCAACUGACACUUCCUCCCCCACUCCCCUCCGCUUCUGAGCUGCAGCCAUGAUGUAACAACAGACAGAUUUGGGAAAGGGACUCCAGAAAACAUUUCCAUUCCGUUGUGACUUCACAAACAUCAAAUGGAAAUGACAGAGACCCCUCCCACCAGUGGAGUGAUUAAGAAAAGGGCGGGACAGGACACUUAAUGAAUACUAAUUAAAUGCAUACUAUUUCAAGUGUCUGCUGCAUACCAAGUGGUCAUCCUCUGAAGACCCGGUAGGAAAACGCUUGCUCGACAGGGCAGAGAGUGUGAGAGGAGACAAAUGAACCAGAUCUUUUGGAGAUCAAUAGGGGGAGGUCAAAACAGGCCGGUGGGCCGGGUGUGGUGGCGCACGCCUUUAAUCCCAGCACUCCGAAGGCAGAGGCAGGCGGAUUUCUGAGUUUGAGGCCAGCCUGGUCUACAAAGUGAGUUCCAGGACAGCCAGGGCUACACAGAGAAACACUGCCUCAAAAACAAAACAAACAAACAAAAAAACCCGAAAAACAAACAAAAAACAAAAAACAAACAAACAAAAAAAAAACCAGGCCGGUGGGACAAACCAGGAAUUCCUGAGCUUGGAAAGUUCUCUUGCCUAAAAUCUAAAAAAUGAUUCGUGCCUUCAGUAACCUGGGGCCAUGGUGUUCUAUGAGGAAAAAAUCAAAUACAAAAAGGAUCUUGGGGCCAGCAAUAUGAUUCAGUGAGCAAAGGAGCUUGCCGCCAAGCCUGAUGACCUGAGUUCAAUCCCUGGGAUUCAUUGACACGGUGGAUGUUGAGAACCAAUCCCAAGCUGUCCUCUGGCCUCCACAUCCAUGCUGUGGCAUGAGGCCCUCUCAAGAGGAAGCCUCAUGUGAGACUGAGAGAUGGCUUUUGGGAUUUUUUUAAAACUCACUAGGGAAUUUCUAAUAAGUGUGCGUAUUUUAUUCAAUAUGAGUAGUGUUGGCACCCCCUAUUUUUGUCAUGCCAAGGAUUGAACCACGGGUGUAUUUACCACUGAGAUACACCCCCAUGCCCCCUUAAAAGAUAGUUUAUAUUAAUUAUACAUUUUCUAACAUCUGCCAGUCUUAUUUUGGAGACAGGGCAUCUAUUUGUAGCCCAAGGUGGCCUUGAACUCUUCAUCCUCCUGUCUCCACUGUUGAGAAUUCCUAUGCCCCAUGCGGGGGCCUAAUGCACCCCUUAUGUGGUAACAUUUGUGUGCCUGGGGAAAGUGCACGUUUCUCCAUUGUUAAACUUAUCAGCACCACUGGGGGGAGUGUUGUUCUUCCCGGGCCAGGCCCCUCUCCCAAAGGGAUUAAGGCUGGCUAUCACCAGAGCAAAAGGGGAUUUAUCUCAGGCCUGUUAGUUAAGUAGGUAGCAGAUUGGUGGAGGGCUGGAGGGGUGGGGAAAGCUGCCGAGGCAGAUUCUGAACUGCAAAUGCCCGAUACUCAGGCGAAGGAGGAAGCCACUCUCACAGCCCUUGCCCACAGUAAACAAGCAGCUAACCAGCACUUCCCAGCCUGUGGGAACCAGCACAUCCACCAGUGGGACCCAAAGAGCCCCAGCACCUUUGCUGCAAGAGCAGGAAUUGAAAUGAUUGGCUUCCGGACUCUACAGGUUCGGGGGACUGACUAUGCUAAACUUCAUGUUCUCUGCCUCAGGCUUGGAAGGCUGAGGUUACAGGACCACCCAGGGCCACUGGAAUGGCUUUCAUUCUGUUCUCACCUCCAUUAUUCAUCUGUAAAAUGGGACCACUCACGGCCGGGCGUGGUGGCACACGCCUUUAAUCUCAGGCACUCGGGAGGCAGAGGCAGGCAGAACUCUGAGUUCAGCCUGGUCUACAGAGUGAGUUUCAGGAUAGCCAGGUCUACACAGAGAAACCCUGUCUGGUUAAAACAAAACAAAACAAAACAAAACAAAAACAAACAAACAAAAAAUGGGACCACUCAUUCAAAAAGUCUUGCAAUAGUUUAAUGUUCAAAAUCUUUUUUUUUUUUUUAAUUUUAAAGAAGGUGUGUGAGCCGGGCAUGGUGGUGCACGCCUUUAAUCCCAGCACUCGGGAGGCAGAGGCAGGCAGAUUUCUGAGUUCGAGGCCAGCCUGGUCUAUAGAGUGAGUUCCAGGACAGCCAGGGCUACACAGAGAAACCCUGCCUCGAAAAACCAAAAAAAG